AUGACGGAGUCAUCUAAUCCAAGUCGUUCGGAAAGUCGCAUUAUCCAGACUCUAUCCUGCAAUACGUGCAAAACUCGCAAACGGAAGUGUAACAAGCAGCGUCCAAAGUGCUCCCUUUGCUCGAGUAAGAAUCUCACCUGCGAGUAUCCAGAUUCCACUUCUUCUCCUCGUCAGAGACAUGCUAGAUCCCAGUCUCAUGUACCGUCAUAUCCAUCACCAAUAACAACGAGCACAACAACCCCCGAACAACUCGUUUCUCGGACCAAUGUUUCUUUACCCUUGAAUUCAAUAUUUUUACCUUCACCUCAAGAUGUGGUCCCAGAGCCUGUGCCUUUGCAUGCACCUCUAGUCGCCACGAACUUCCCAGCUGUGUUGUAUCUUGAUUCAAAGCUAGCUCAGCAGUUUCAAAUAGAAAUACCACAACCGACGACAUUUGUUUCUCCCGAAAUCUCUCGUCUCCUUGGGCCUCGAUCAAGAUGGGAAACUAUCGCCGCAAAUUUUUUCAAGGAUACACAUCUAUGGAUGCCGAUAGUCUCAAAGAAACGAUUUUACGAGCAUCUAGCUGGCGUUUCUUGCGACAAUCAAUUACGUUCGGACUAUGCUUUAAUAAUUCUUUGUAUGAAUCUGAUGUUGUGGGUUCCAGGGGCCAGUGAUCCCCGCUCAUCUGCAUACUUGGCUGCUAAACAUCUAUAUCUGGAUCUUGAGUUGCACGGUGUGGUCUCCAUCCAGGUAUUGCAAGCGAACGUGCUCCUUACCACGUUCGAAUAUGGACACGCAAUAUUCCCAUCAGCAAAAAUCUCCCUAGAAGCUUGUGUCGCGUAUGGAAAGCUGUUGGCAAUAAAUUGGGAAGCCGAAAGAGUGAAGAAGCCAUUCGACUGGGUCGAUGUUGAAGAACAAAAUCGAUUGUGGUGGUCAAUAGUCCUGUUGGACCGUGUUUUGAGCAUUGGAUAUACGAGGCGACCAUUUUUGACGGCUGAAGCGUUGGGAGAUGUCAAUCUUCCAUCCGAUGAUCAUGCUUGGGAUCAAGGAAUAAAACCUUUCAUGCCUCAAAAGAAAGUUGGAGAUCCUCUGUCCUUACCUGACCAGGGUAUAGGGCGCUUUGCCUUGGCCGCCGAGACUGUCAGGAUACUUGGACAAGUCCAUAGUCACAUCACAGCAGAGACUUUCGGUGACAGAUUGCACAGCGAAGAAGCGCUGCUUCUUGACUCCACCCUUCGAGCUCUCGAAAAUAUUGUGGAAUCUGAAGGGGCUCAGCAUAACUCAUCAGUCAUGAAUCAGGCGACUAUGUGCUCAAUCUCAAUAUCGAUGCUUCACGAAGCUCACGCAUCCAGGAACACCGAGAUGUCACCCUACUUCAAAGACAACCAUCGAGUCCAUGAAGCCAAUGUCAUCCUAGCAGAAGCCAGGAAACAUAUGACUGAUUUACCACGAGUCAAGCCUGUGCACGCUUGCAUCAAAGAAACUUCCCCUUUCAUAUCGCUCCCACUGUAUCAUUAUGCGAGGGCAAACCUACGUUUGUACCAAGAAGGAGGCUCUCAAGAAACGUGGGACAGAUGGGUGGCGAAUAAGCAGACUCUGAGAGAUUUUGAUGCAAGAUGGAAAGCUGCUGGUGAGUUAUUGAAUCUGCAUCCUAAAAUGGUGGGGAGCUUACGAGAGUUAGGUGCAUAUCUGAGGAUCCUAGAGGCACGGGAGAUGUCUUCCACUCAAGACUAA